AUGUCUAUGUGGCAUCUUAAUGGUGAUUGUGUUGUGUACAUUGACUUUAUUUGUUUAGGGUUUUUAAAGAACCCCUUUCUUCUUGUCUCCUUUGUUCUUGACAAUCCUUCGAUUCAUCCAAAGCCUCAUUUAAUGCAAAGAUUUUGUCGAUGGAUGAAGUAUUUGAGUUGGAUACCAUCGAUUGAUGACCAAGCACUGAGAGGUCAAGGAGAGCAUGGUCAAGUGGAGACUAGCAGUUAUGGUGAAGUAGAUGAUGAGAAAGAGAUUGUAGAAUAUACUGAGGAAGAUACUGAUGAAGAUGUAUUCGAAUAUGCCAUCCAUGAUCUGAAGGUCAAAUGGAAUGUUAUGAAAUCAGUUCUUAGAGAAAGAUAUGAAUUCGAACAUCAACUGAAAUUAUGUUUAACAAAUUAUUCAAUCUAUAAGGGUUACAAAAUUCAUUUCAGGAAGUGUGAUACUGUUAAACUAGUGGUUGUAUGUCCAAGUGAUCUAGAAAAACGCACUUUUAUAGUUCGUGUUUCAGGGAUGAGUACCGAAAAAUCAUUUGAGGUGAAAAAGAUGAAUGAUAGACAGACAUGUGUUAGGAGUUUUAGUAGUUCAUCACUUAUGAAUCCAACUUGGGUGGAUCAAAAGGGAAUAAAUGAAGAGAAUAUGGAUCUAGAUGGGAUGGAUCAAGAGAACAUACGUGAGGAGGGCAUGGAUCAAGAGGGCAUGAAUCAGGAGGGAAUCAAUGAAGAUGACAUGGAUGUAUUGGGGAUGAAUCAGGAGGGUAUAGGUGUGGAGAGGCAUGGAUCAAGAGGACAUGAGAAAGAGGAAUCCAAAACUGAGAAUGAGGAAGCCUUCAGAGAGGACAACAAAAAUACAAUUAAAGAAUGUGGUGGUUGUAAAAAAUAG